AGCGACGAAAACAGCAACAGCAGAAGCGACGAAGACAGUGACAGCAGAAGCCACAGCGACGAAGACAGUGACAGCAGAAGCAACAGCAAAAGCGACGAAGACCGAGACAGCAACAGCAACAGCAGAAGCGACGAAGACAAAUAA